AUGACGGUCACCUCACUGCACGCUAGACAGCUCCUUUCUGGGGCUCUGCGUUAUCUCACCUUUCAGUACGCGCCCAGCCAGCUGAUGGUGGUUCGCACCGCUGCUGUAAAUCCAGAUUACUACAUCAAAAGACCCCCCCAAAGAUCCUCUGCAGAGGCAGCGUUUUACCGCCUCGCUGUAUCGGGGGGCACACAGGCCACAAAGAGCAAGCCCGCAGAAGAGGGCGAUGCUCCCCCACCCAAGAGAGCCCCCAUCUUUUACGGCAGCUUGGAAGAGAAGGAAAGGGAGCGUCUGGCAAAAGGCGAAUCGGGGUUGCUGGGAAAAGAAGGGAUGAAAGCUGCCAUGGAGGCUGGCAACAUCAACAUCAGCAGCGGUGAGGUCUUUGAUCUCGAAGACCACAUGAGCGAGCGGCAGGCGGAAGUGCUGGCUGAGUUUGAGCGCAGGAAGAGAGCCCGGCAGAUCAACGUGUCCACUGACGACUCUGAAGUGAAAGCCUGUUUGCGAGCACUCGGGGAGCCCAUCACGCUCUUUGGAGAAGGUCCUGCAGAAAGGAGGGAGAGAUUAAGAAAUAUCCUUUCGGUGGUUGGCACAGACGCAUUAAAAAAGACCAGGAAAGAUGACGACAGGUCUAAAAAAUCCAAAGAAGAGUAUCAGCAAACCUGGUACCACGAAGGACCACGCAGUCUGAAAACAGCGAGGCUGUGGCUUGCUAACUACUCGCUCCCCAGGGCGGUGAAGCGGCUAGAAGAAGCUCGGCUGCUCAAAGAGAUUCCGGAGGCAACCAGGACCUCGCAGAGACAGGAGCUACACAAAUCCCUGCGAUCCUUGAAUAACUUCUGUAGUCAGAUUGGAGAUGAUCGCCCACUGUCCUACUGCCACUUCAGCCCCAAUUCCAAACUCCUCGCUACGGCCUGUUGGAGCGGAUUGUGCAAGCUCUGGUCCGUGCCUGACUGCAACCUUGUUCACACCUUACGAGGACAUAACACCAACGUAGGAGCAAUAGUCUUCCAUCCCAAAGCCACGGUCUCCCUAGACAAGAAAGACGUUAACCUGGCCUCGUGUGCGGCUGAUGGGUCUGUCAAACUCUGGAGCCUUGAAAGUGAUGAACCGGUGGCAGAUAUUGAAGGACACAGCAUGAGAGUGGCACGUGUGAUGUGGCACCCAUCUGGCAGGUUCCUGGGUACUACCUGCUACGAUCACUCAUGGCGCUUGUGGGACUUGGAAGCUCAGGAGGAGAUUCUCCAUCAGGAAGGGCACAGUAAAGGUGUCUAUGACAUUGCCUUUCACACAGACGGCUCUCUCGCUGGGACUGGUGGACUGGAUGCUUUUGGCCGGGUGUGGGACUUGCGCACGGGACGCUGUAUCAUGUUUCUAGAAGGCCACCUGAAGGAGAUCUACGGGGUUAACUUCUCCCCAAAUGGAUACCACGUCGCAACUGGCAGCGGUGACAAUACUUGCAAAGUGUGGGACCUCCGCCAGAGGAAGUGCAUCUACACCAUUCCUGCCCAUCAGAACCUGGUGACCGGGGUGAAAUUUGAACCCAAUCACGGAAACUUCCUGCUCACAGGCGCUUACGACAACACCGCAAAGAUCUGGACUCACCCCGGCUGGUCGCCUUUGAAGACGCUGGCUGGUCACGAGGGAAAGGUGAUGGGACUGGAUAUCUCCCUCGACGGCCAGCUGAUAGCGACCUGCUCCUAUGACAGAACCUUCAAGUUGUGGACAGCGGAGUAGCUCAGAGGUGCUGCUGGUGAACGGGAAUGGAGACGUUAAUGGCUUUCAGCUAAGACUUGCUUUUUUUAUAUUAAAGGAAAAAAAAAAAGGAGUCGGCUAUUGCAACAUGCAUUACGGCAGCGGUAGUCACUGGCUGGUCUUGGGUUGAGGUGUUUCUGAAGCACCUGUGUUUGCCAGGGCUUGGUUGGAGUCAAAUCUUGGGUGAUGUUUUUCCUCUUUUUAGGACUUUGUUUUUAUACUGCAGACACUGCUUUCUGCUGUAAUUUGGAGAUGAUCCAUCUGCUUCCACCCUCCCUUCCAAGUUAGGCUCACAGGUUUUCUCCAGUCUGUUCUAAACAUUUGUAGGUGGCCUCACAACACCUCGGGUAUGGUGUGCUGUUCAGCCUCUCUUAAUGCCCUUCUUACCUUCCGUUUUCCAGGAGCCUUUGGUAGGAGUCUGUGGCUUCAAAUUUGAUUUGCAUUUGAAGAAAGAAAAACUAGCUGUCAGUUACAGGAGGAUGGUACCCUGCUUCCCCUGCCGCUGCAGGGGAGUCUCUGAAUGUGGAGGUCUGCGUCCCCUUUGUACUCGCUCACAGUAGAUCUUAAAGGCCAGGGAAAUUUUUCUUUUCCGUGUACCGUCUCAUGUCCUCGCUCCUUGAGCGGUCUCAUGAACCGGGUGUUUCAAACCCAUGUAGGCAUCUCCUGUUCAAGUUUUUGCUGUGUCUCACUGAGACGAUACAAAGAAGGCUAUUUCAGUGUAGGAUUGUCGUGUUCUAACUUGCACUGUGCGGAGCUUUCUUAUUUGUCGUUUAUUCUUUAAAUUGAGGUUUUGCAAAUGUUGUGUUCUGGAAAAUCAAAACGUGUUUUGAAUGUGCACCCUAGCCUCUGGGUCUGACUAAGGAAUGGAGAAAUUACAGUUACUUCGCAACAC